CUAUGUUAAAGUGUAAUUUUGGAUGUUAAGUGUCGAAUAAAAUAAUUGGCCAAUGAUUCGAUCAAGAUAAGCAAUCGAAAAUUAAGAAUUAAAAUAAAGGAGGAAUCUUUAUGAAAAAAUGGAACAACAAAUGAUACGACUUCAUGAGGCUUUAAGGAUAAAAAUAGGUGAAGCAAAAAAUCUCGCUGGACGCGCUGCUUCAACUACAAAUCGUGAUGUAUACUCAACAAUUGCUCUUGACCAAGAGGAAAUUUGUCGAACGCAGACACAGCGCAAUUUAUCACCAUUUUUUGGUGAGGAAUUUGCAUUUGAGAUUCCUCGAAAGUUUCGCUAUUUAUCAGUUUACGUGUUCGAACGUGACCGACAUUUAAAGCAAGACAAAGCUGUGGGUAAAAUAGCAAUAAGAAGAAGUGAUUUACACUUAUAUAAUCAUAAAGACCAUUGGUUUCCAUUACGUCCUGUGGACGAUGACUCAGAAGUUCAAGGCAUGGCUCACAUUGAGGUGAAAAUUCUUAAUGAUUCCGACGACCAUAGCAAAGAGAAUUUUAAAUCUACAAGCAACAAUUAUACGUCUACAACCUUACUGGCACCAUCAUCAAAUCACAAAUCACCAAAGCUCCUUCAUUCCACGCAUGGCACAAUGACUUCACGAUCAAGUAGUCAGCAAGAAAUCAACAUUAUAAGCAACAAUAACAUGAAUAAUCAUAAAUCAUCUGGCAACUUUUUACGUGUUCCUUAUACCAAUUCCCACCACCAAAAUCAGCGCAUUCAGGUUAAGCUUAAAGCGUGUCAGGACCUGACGAGAAAAAACAACCAAUGUGAUCCUUACGCCAUCAUCAGCGCCAUUUACACAAACAAGAGAAAGAUUACAAGACGAACGAAAGUGAGAAAGAAAACAAUUCAUCCAUCAUUUGAUGACGUAUUUGAGUUUAAUUUGUAUGAUUUUACACAUGGAACACAUGGAAUGAGCGAUAGCAAAAUUUAUACUGUGACGCCAUUUGGUGGUAAUGAUUUAUGUGAGAUUGUAGUGCAACUAUGGCAUUCUGCUGGUAUGGCUGAUGAUUUGUUUCUUGGUGAAGUAAAAUUAUCAGCGAGAGGAAAGCAAGAGCUUCAAUUCAUUCAAAAAUCUGCUUGGUAUACACUACUUCCACGCUCAAAUGAUUCACGUCCAGUGAAGUCUUGUGCGACACCGCCUGGAACGCGACUUAGUUGCGAGAAUUCUCUGGGAUCACUUCGACUGAAAUUGCACUAUCAAGCAGAUCACGUGUUUCCUCUUGCGAAUUACGAUCACUUACUCAACUUACUCAUAAAGAGUGUUGAUCAACAGCCGAUAACAACAUCAGCAGUUUAUCUUCUAGGAGAAAUGGUGACAAAUAAACAAGAAGUCGCUCAACCACUGGUCAAGCUCUUUACACACAAUCAACGUAUUGUUGAAAUCAUUAAAAAUCUAGCUGAAUAUGAGAUAUGUAAGUUGACCGAUCCUACGACAAUAUUUCGUGGCAAUACGCUCGUCUCGAAAAUGAUGGAUGAGGCAAUGAAGCUUAGUGGUCUUCAUUAUUUACAUUCUACGCUUAGACCUAUUGUCGAUUUAAUUCUUCACGAAAAGAAAUGUUGCGAAAUUGAUCCAGCUCGGAUAAAGGAAAAGGAAAAAGUUGAGCAGAAUUUGAAUAAUCUUCACGAUUAUGUUGAGAAAGUCUUCGAUGCAAUCAUUAAAAGCGCGUCAAAAUGCCCGAGAGUUUUAUGCAAAAUUUUCCAUAAUAUGCGUGAGAGUGCGACAAAAUAUUUUCCAGCUAACAAGGAGGUUCGAUAUUCAGUGGUAUCGGGUUUCAUCUUCCUACGCUUUUUUGCGCCAGCAAUUCUCGGUCCAAAACUCUUCGAUCUGACAACGGAACCAUUGGAUCUCCAAACUAAUCGCACAUUAACGCUUAUCUCAAAAACGAUACAAUCGCUUGGUAAUCUUGUAAGUUCACGUUCAGCUCAACAACAUGCGAAGGAAGAAUUUACCGUAGAAUUAUACAAAAAGUUUUGCACUGAAAAGCACGUGGAGGCAGUGAAGAAGUUUUUAGAUGCAAUCUCAACAAUUGCUGACUCGAGAGAAGAAGCCGAUGGCAAUCAAAUGGAAGGAAUUCUACUGAAAGACGGGAUGAUGACGAAACAUGCCCAAAAUCGAAAACGCUUUGGUCGUCGGAACUUCAAGCUGCGAUACUUUCGUUUAACAACACAAUCGCUUAGUUACAGUAAAACCAAGGGCAAGAGGCCAAUCUGUGAUAUUCCAUUAACGGAGCUGGUGGCCGUAGAGAGGCUUGAAGAGCGAAGUUUCAAAAUGCAAAAUAUUUUUCGGAUUAUUCGUAAGGAGCGUCCCAUUUACAUCCAGACAUCAAAUUGUGUCGAAGAAAAAGAGUGGGUGGAUUUAUUGAGUAAAAUAUGUGAAAACAAUAAAAGAAGAUUGGACACGUUUCAUCCAUGUGCAUUUAUCAACGGCGAAUGGACGUGUUGUAAUGCCAGCGAUCAAUAUGCAAAAGGAUGUAAACUGAUCGAUGAUACACCGUUGGAAGUAGAUCUUCUUACACAAUUGGAUCCAGCACGAGAUCUUCAACGUCUUCACACACUCAUCAUAAACAACAUUAAUGUUAUGCAGAAGUGUUUCAAUAGUAACAUGGGAAAUGAUGAUGAAAUGAUGUUGACAAGACAAACGCUUCAAAGAUUGACAGAGGUCGCCAUGCAACUCGAACAAAUUCACAGAAAGCACAGAAAUAAAGAAAAUAAGGAAAUGAAGAUUGGAAGCCAACAAGAGCCUAUUGGCGAUGAUAAUUACUUGCGUGGGAUGAGCUCGUCAAGUCUAAACUCAGGGGCUUCAACAACACCUCGACCUCCUCCCACACAACAUUUUGAGAUUCCGCCAGCUCUCUUCCAACGUGGUCACUUUCUCAGAAACUCUGAUAGUGAAAGAUUCUCGCAUUUCUAAUAACGACUGAUUCAUCAACGGAAACGCUGAUCUAAGAAUUACGACAACUCUAAAGAUGACGCAAAAAAAGAAGCAUUCAUAUUAUAUAUUUAUGUAAAUGAGCUUUUCAUUUAUAUAUUUUCUUACUGGCAGCGGAUAUGAGAGUUAAAAAUGGAAAUGUAAAAUGUUUUUAGUUUUUUAAAAACAGAUAAUUUCUAUUUUUCAAUGAACUAUGAUGAUGAAACUCUUGAGACUAAAAAAUAAUAUAAAAUCGCGAUAAUGAAAUAAAAAGAUGUUAAUUGAUAUGAAAUAAAAAUCCUUUCAUGUUGUGUAAUUAGCUUAAGGUGACAAAACUGAAAAAAGAGAAAUAACAAAAAAAAUUAAUAAAUGUAGAAAUUCUCGUUGAAAUCCAUUGGAUUAAUAUUAUUUAAUAAUUAUUAUUAUUCUUAUUAUUUUUAUUCUUUUACAUUGCAAAUAUUUCCUUUUAUGUUAUAGAAGGAUCCUUGUUCUAAAAUUAAGUUUUUAAUAUUUUUUAAAUUCGACUAAGGACUUACAAAAUACUUUUUAAGAAUGAACAUCUUAAGGACAAAAUCUGAAACAAUUAAGUUUAAUUAUAAAAAGAGUUAGCAAUAAAUUAAAAAGAAUAUAUGAAGAC